ACUUUUAGAGAAUUUCUCAAAAUUAACAAUUAAGACAAUUAAUAUCGACCCUGACAUAUUUGACUGAUCCGUUAAUACACUUUCCAUCCAAUGCAUUGUGUAACCCCACAAGUACAAAUUCAUGAGCGACCUGCCGGCCUCAUUUACGGUGUUAAAAGGCAUUUAGUGAAACUAGAUGCGCCACAGACGAGCCAAGCGAGCUAAGUGCAUUCUUCAACUGGCGAUCCAUUAGCAAGAAGAUGGAGCAUAAAACCGGCGGCGUCUUCAAGAAUCGCAACCUGAUCGUCGAUCUGCUGGCCAUAUGCUUUGGUAUAGGCACGUGGCUGGGCGUGAAUGGCACCUUUAUACAGCUGCCGCUGCUGGUUAAUGAGGCGCCCGAGGGCUGGAGUCUGCCAUCCUAUCUGAGCGUGAUGGUGCAAAUAGGAAAUUUGGGACCACUGCUCUACACUGUCUAUCAAAAGUACUCACCCUGGAAGCUCAACGAUGGCUUCACCAUACAUGCAGUUCUGGCAAUCGGCACAAUGUCCUGUCUGUUAACCGCGUUUUUCUACAACCGGACGGCAUCGCUGGCGGGCAACGAGCACAGCGUAGCGCUUUUCAUACUCACCAUCUUCACCGCGCUCAAUGCUUGCACAAGCUCAGUGCUCUUUAUGCCCUACAUGGGACGCUUCAAGGAACAAUACAUAGUCACCUAUUUCAUCGGCGAGGGUCUCAGCGGCCUGCUACCUAGCGUCACGGCCUUGGUGCAGGGCAUUGGUGACUCCGGUCGCUGUGUGUUUGUGAAUGAGACCGAGUCGGGCGAGGCGAUCUACCAGAAAAUAACAGAACCACCUUUGUUUGACACAAGGGUAUUCUUUUUGAUAUUAUUUGGCCUGAUGGUACUCAGCUACAUUGGCUACACGCUGCUCAAUCAUCUGUCACUGGCGAAGAGCGAAUAUGCCCAGGUUACUGUUAGCAAGGGCAACAAGUAUGAGUAUGGCCAGGAUGAUAAUCAACCGCAGCUGCAACAGCUCACGCGUGGCCAGUAUAUUGGCUUGCUGCUGCUUAUAGGCACCAUCUCUCUCUUUAGCAACGGCAUGUUUCCCAGCAUACAAUCAUAUUCGAGUGCGCCGUAUGGAACGCGCGCCUAUCACCUGUCGGCAACGCUGAGUGUUAUUGCCAAUCCAGUGGCCUGUUUCAUGGCCAUGUUCCUAUAUUUUACAUCGCUGCGCAUCAUAUAUGUGCUCUCGACUCUGGCAGCGCUGCUCACCAGCUAUGUAUUUAUCACCGCUAUCCUAAGUCCAUAUCCACCGCUCUACGAUAAUACAGCUGGCGCCGUGCUAGUGGUAGCUGCGUGGACUUUGCUUGUCGGAAUCGUCAGCUACACCAAGCUGGGAAUUACGACUGUGAUGCGUGCCCAGGGCGGCCAGUCGUUGGUGUGGGUGGGCGCCAUUACCCAACUGGGCUCGGCAAUUGGUGCUAUCUCCAUAUUCUUUGCCAUUAACUAUACGCGUUUCUUUCAGUCCGCCGAGUCGGAAUGCUGAGCAGCCCGAUUUAAUAUC